CUUCUCUAUGAUGCAAUCCGUUUAACAAACAUUUAUUUUCAAUGUGCGUAAUUAAAAGAAUGAAUUCAUACUAAUUAUUGUUAUUUCAUUCUUUAGUUUUAGGAACAGAAUUCUCAAAAAAUGGUGGCCUUGGAGAUGAAAUGAAUGCCAUGAACAAAAAGAAAAAGAAAAAACGGAGACAUCGGACCAUAUUCACGAGUUACCAGCUGGAGGAACUGGAGAAGGCUUUUAAAGACGCUCACUACCCGGAUGUCUAUGCGAGGGAGAUGCUCUCCCUAAAGACUGACCUUCCCGAAGACAGGAUACAGGUAGAUCACAUCUUUUUUUCCCCUUCAAUUCAUAAUAGUCAAACUCCGAUAAAAGUACUUCAGAAGGGCAGAAAUCAUUCCCAGCAGUCGCCUCAUAGAGAAAAAGAACGAGCGUAGUUUGUGUUGUUUCUAAUGCCACACGACUGCUUGGUGAAAGGCAGAGUGU